AUGUCGACUGGUGGUUGUCAUUCAGUCAAGAGCGAGUCGCCGACGAGAUCUGUACAGUAGCCAGCCGGAAAAUACAUUUUCGCGAAUUGAAAAAUACAGAAAAACCAGCGGCAAUAUGUCAAUUUUCUCAAAAUUGUUGCUCUUCCGCGGGGUGGGAGGUCGCCAAUACAGCGCUGCGGCUCAGUCCCAGCUGCGAGAGAUCUUGGGCACCCAGCUGGCAGGGAUCAAGGAGGCCGGCACCUUCAAGGCCGAACGAAUCAUUACGUCGUCGCAGAGCACCCAGAUCACAGUUCAAGGCAGUGACAAGAGGAUACUCAACUUUUGCGCCAACAACUACCUUGGGCUGGCGAACCAUCCGGAGAUUGUGGAGCACAGCCAGAAGCUGCUGGAGCAGUAUGGAGCCGGUCUGAGCUCAGUGCGUUUCAUUUGUGGCACUCAGGAUAUUCACAAGCAGCUGGAGAAGAAAAUAGCCCAGUUCCAUGGACGCGAGGAUACCAUUCUGUAUGCCUCCUGCUUUGACGCCAAUGCCGGAAUCUUUGAGGCCAUUCUCACUCCGGAGGACGCAGUGUUCUCCGACGAACUGAACCACGCCUCGAUCAUCGAUGGCAUUCGACUGUGCAAGGCCAAGAAGCAGCGCUACAGGCACCGUGAUUUAAAGGACUUGGAGGAGCAGUUGAAGGCCAGCGAUGCUCGACUCAAACUUAUUGCCACCGAUGGUGUGUUUUCCAUGGACGGAAACAUUGCACCUCUGGCCCGCAUCGUUGAGCUGGCCAAGAAGUACAAUGCUCUCGUCUUUGUGGAUGAAUGCAAUGCCACUGGCUUCUUCGGCGCCACGGGACGUGGAACCGAGGAGUACGACAAUGUGAUGGGUGAGGUGGAUAUCAUCAACUCGACGCUGGGCAAGGCCUUGGGUGGAGCCUCCGGCGGUUACACCACAGGGCCCGCCGAGCUCAUCUCUUUCCUGCGCCAGAAGUCCAGGCCGUACCUGUUCUCCAACACCCUGCCGCCGGCGGUUGUGGCAGUUGGCCUGAAGGUCAUGGACAUGCUCCUCCAGUCUAGUGAGCUCACUCAGCGGGUCCAGAGCAACACACAGCGCUUCCGGCAGGCCAUGACCAAGGCUGGCUUCACUAUUGCCGGCGAGAACCAUCCCAUCUGCCCCGUGAUGCUGGGCGAUGCUCGUCUCGCCUCCAAGUUUGCCGAUGAGAUGCUGACCCGGGGCAUCUAUGUCAUCGGCUUUAGCUACCCAGUGGUUCCUCAGGGAAAGGCCCGCAUCCGCGUUCAAAUCUCUGCUGCCCACACUGAAGCGGAAAUCGAUCGGGCUAUUGCUGCAUUUGUUGAAGUCGGUCGCUCUCUGAAAGUAAUCCAGUAAAAAAGAGUAUUGAAUAUUGAAUUUACGUUAAUUGAAACUGCAUUUAUUUAAAGAGUACUGAGAGAUUGUCUUUAAAAUGUUUGUCAAUUUAUAAAAAACUCCAGUUUUGCAUUUAUUAUAAAACAGCUGCAUUUAUCAAUACAGUUUCAAGAAUAAAUCCUUUAAUUUCUGUUUAAUGUUUAAUCUGAAUUUCUUUAAGAAACAUGAAAAGCAUGAACAAU